AUGUCGCGGCCGCGUCCAGCCUUGGCUAAGCAGCUCUUCCCGUCAAGCAGUCCUAGUUCCUGCGUUGGCGACAUUCGAGAUCAGUUCAAAAAGCCAAACUCGAUUAGCUCCGCAGCUGCAUCUGCAUCCGUGUCGGCGAGGACCGCACUAGACAAUCGAUCAGUCAACCUGGCACAACAAAUUGGUUCCGGUCGAGCAGCCACCUCCAAUGGAUCGAUAGCCUCUUUAUACUCGGCUCGUUCAGACUCUUUCGGGACAGAACCAAGCCAUAUCGACCUUACGGGCCCCGAAAAUUCUACCGCGAAGAAGCUGCACGAGCCUGUUUAUUUUGCUGAAGAAGACUUCAGCGACGACGAUGCCCUUGACCUCGACUUCGAGGCCCCCACGGCUCUCCCACGACACCUGGAACCACCGGCGGUACGAAGUUUGCCUCCUCCAGUCACGCCAGCUCAACACGAGACAGAAAUCCCGUGGUCUUCUUCUCCAGUAUCACAUUUCUUCCCGCCAAAUCCUCCCCGGAUAGCAUCGGCGACUUCUAGUACAUCUCAAACAUCCUUAAAGCGAGAGUCAUUCAACGACGUCGAAAUGAUAGCUCCGCCAACACAAAAGAAAGUGAAGAAAAGGGUUCUGCCUGCUAGUUUUCACAGGGAUGAAGCUGCUGGAGAACACGAUGGUGGUCCUCUAGAGCCUUGGAAAACGCCGGCGCACAAGACGAAAGCUCCUUGGGACUCUAGUGCUAGCGCCAUCAAAGAGCAAAAGAAACUGCUAAAAUCUCAAAGGAAUUCUCGUAACCCCGCUCCCGAGCAGGAUGCUGACCCGGAGACUACCCACGAGGUCGAAGAAAAGGCAUCCAAAUCUGUUGCCAUUUCUCUCACUGGUGAACAAGCACAUGUGGUUGACAUGGUGGUGAACCAAAACCAAAGCGUUUUCUUUACUGGCCCGGCUGGUGCUGGAAAGUCUGUCCUUAUGCGAGCCAUCAUCAACGAAUUGAAAAAGAAGUACGCGCGAGACCCGGAACGAGUUGCUGUCACCGCCUCGACCGGUCUUGCCGCCUGCAACAUUGGGGGCAUAACCCUUCACAGCUUUGCUGGCAUUGGCUUGGGCAAAGAAGAACCUUCUGUUCUUGUCAGAAAGAUUCGGAAAAAUCCCAAGGCCAAGAAUCGGUGGCUUCGGACAAAGUGCCUCAUCAUAGAUGAGAUAUCCAUGGUUGAUGGGGAUUUGUUUGAUAAACUCUCUCAAGUCGGGCGCACAAUCCGUAACAACGGCCGUCCCUGGGGAGGAAUACAGCUCGUCAUCACUGGAGAUUUUUUCCAGCUUCCUCCAGUUCCGGAUGCAGAUAAGAAGCGCGAAUCCAAGUUCGCCUUCGAUGCCGCAACAUGGAGCACAUCAAUAGACCAUACUAUUGGGCUAACGCAGGUUUUCCGUCAGCGCGAUCCGAAGUUUGCACAAAUGCUCAACGAAAUGCGAGUUGGCAGAAUCAGUGAUCAGACUGUGCAGGCGUUCAAGGCACUCUCUCGGCCUCUCAACUUUGAAGAUGGCGUGGACCUUGCCGAGUUAUAUCCGACCCGUGCGCAGGUUGAAGGGUCCAACGAAAAGAGACUCCGUGAUCUGCCAGGCGAAAUUCACCGGUACGAGGCCAUGGACUCUGGUGACCCAGCUGUUCGGGACAAGCUGCUCAUGAACAUGAUGGCUCCAAAGGCGAUUGAGUUGAAAAUUGGCGCUCAGGUAAUGCUCAUUAAAAAUCUGGACGAGACGCUAGUCAACGGGUCCCUGGGCAAAGUGAUUGCGUUUUCUGACGAGAAGACGUUUGAAAUGAGCGGCAGCCACUCGUACGAUGACAUGAUGGAAGACUCAAUGGCCAAGGCUAAGCGAAAACUACAAGCAUUCAGCCGUGACUCAGAUUCAGCCGCGAGCAGCCAGCUAUAUCCGGUAGUACAAUUCAUCUCAACAGGAGGUGUCCCGCGUGUCCUUCUCUGCCAGCCAGAGGAGUGGACAGUCGAGCUACCAAACGGCGAGAUUCAGGCAAAAAGGAACCAGUUACCUCUGAUCCUAGCCUGGGCACUGUCCAUUCACAAGGCCCAAGGCCAAACACUGGAACGCGUCACGGUCAAUCUUGGGAGGGUGUUUGAAAAAGGUCAGGCAUAUGUAGCGCUGAGUCGAGCCACUAGCCAACAUGGCCUUCGCGUCUUGGGCUUUGAGCGAUCAAAAGUAAUGGCACAUCCAAGAGUCAUUGACUUUUAUAGCAAGCUGUCCUCAGUGGACGACUUUGGAGCCAGAAAACCGCAAACCAUCGCCGAAUUUAUAUCAUCUAGGAAAGGCAUAACAAGUCGACCAAAUGGCGGUGCGAACAACAGACAGACAAACGUAGACUUGGACGACGAUGAAGAAGCACUGGCAUCAUAUGGAUGCUGA